AAUUACAGGCACCUCCCCUAGAAAUUUACAAACGACAGCCCCCUAAGUUUUUAGUAUCAAGCGACUGUAUACAUGUGAGUCUGCACGUAGCAUUCGGCCCCAUCCUUUUAGAAAUACAGCCCGAACCACCAGAUGGCCAACAGUGCACCGAAUCAUCACAGAUAGGACGAGCCACCGGAUCCAGUCUCCAUCUUCUGACCAUUAACUUCACCGAGUCGGUGUGGGCUCAGACUUCAGAGGGACCCGACGGCUUCUGCUACAGGAUGCUUUGGAUUAGGAUGGAGCUGCCAGCUUAUUGUUUAUUGUUGCUGAGCUGCCUGCAGUCGCUCUCAGCCCACGCUGACUUCUUCACCUCCACAGGCCAGAUGACAGAUCUGUUGUACACAGAAAAAGACCUCGUUACCUCUCUGAAGGACUACAUCAGAGCAGAGGAGAGCAAACUAGAGCAGAUCAAACGGUGGGCUGAAAAAUUGGAUUCCUUGACAGUCACUGCCACACAGGACCCUGAAGGCUUCCUGGGACAUCCUGUGAAUGCCUUCAAACUGGUGAAGAGGUUGAACACAGAGUGGGGGGACCUGGAGAGCCUUGUACUCCGAGACACCACUGGUGGAUUUAUUUCCAACCUGACCAUCCAGAGACAGCACUUCCCAACAGACGAGGACCAGACUGGAGCUGCUAAAGCUCUUAUCCGGUUACAAGACACUUACAGACUUGAUGCCAACACCAUCUCUACAGGAGACUUACCUGGAGUGAAAUACAAGAGCCGCAUGACAGCAGAGGACUGUUUUGAGCUGGGGAAAAUUGCCUACUCCGAUGCCGAUUACUACCACACAGAGCUGUGGAUGGCCCAGGCCUUGAAACAGCUAGAUGAGGGAGAGGAUUCCACUCUAGAUAAGGUGACAGUGAUCGACUACCUCAGCUACGCCAUUUACCAGCAGGGGGAGAUGGAGCGCGCAAUGGAUUAUACAAAGAGGUUGAUUGAACUGGACCCAGAGCACCCACGUGGCAAGAGUAACCUGAAGUACUUUGAGAUCCAGUUGGAGAAGCAGAAAAAGGCUGCAGAGGAAGAAGCGCCAAAACAGAAGGAGCGAGAAAAAAGAGAAACAACUGACAAGAAGAAGAAGAAGAAGACGAAGGCCAAAAAGGCUUUCUCUCUGAUCCCAGAAAGGGAGAAGUAUGAGAUGCUUUGUCGCGGGGAGGGUAUUAAACUGACACCUCGUAGGCAGAGCAGGUUGUUCUGUCGUUACUACGAUAACAAUCGUAACCCCAACCUUCUGCUGGCACCCAUGAAACAGCAGGAUGAGUGGGACCGCCCGUACAUUGUUCGCUACCUUGAUGUCAUCACUGAUGCAGAGAUUGAGAAAAUCAAGGAGCUGGCAAAACCACGACUACGCAGGGCAACCAUUUCCAACCCCAUCACAGGAGUGCUGGAGACAGCUUCCUACAGGAUCAGCAAAAGCGCUUGGCUCACUGGUUAUGAUGAUCCAAUGAUUGAAACGAUCAAUCAGAGAAUUGAAGAUCUCACCGGGCUUGAAAUGGACACCGCAGAAGAGCUGCAGGUUGCAAAUUAUGGAGUUGGAGGUCAAUAUGAACCUCACUUUGACUUUGGAAGGAAAGAUGAGCCAGAUGCCUUCAAAGAGCUGGGAACUGGGAAUCGUAUUGCAACGUGGCUCUUCUAUAUGAGUGACGUAUCAGCAGGUGGAGCUACAGUAUUCCCAGAUGUUGGUGCAGCAGUUUGGCCUCAAAAGGGUACCGCAGUGUUCUGGUACAAUCUGUUUGCCAGUGGGGAGGGAGACUACAGCACUCGACAUGCAGCUUGUCCAGUGUUGGUGGGCAACAAGUGGGUAUCAAACAAGUGGAUUCAUGAAAGAGGCCAGGAGUGGAGGCGACCUUGUGGCCUAAGUGAAGCUGAAUGAUGGUCUUCAUCGCCUUCCUACCCCCCCC